AAUCAUUCGCGAACCACUUGUUUGCCGAUGGGCGAACACUUUAAACCAAACAAAAAAUGAAAAAGAAAAAACCAAGAGAUACGAGCAGCAGCAGUUCACACAGUGGUGGAGGCAGCGAGAGUAGGCUCCAACUCGAAACGGCUGGAUCUAGAGUAUAGAGUACAGGAACUGACGAAUGGUUCGUUCGGUGUGGAACCCAAAACCGCAUAGAGCCCGCGUCGUCAAACGGCGCUGCUGAAGGCAAAAAAAUACAGCACACCAUGUUAGUAGCAAAUUGGCUUUCGUGGUGAAUGUUUCUUUGGUUCGGUCGUCGGUGCCUUUUGUCGUCGUCGGAACCGGGUAUAGUAUCCGUCCCGCGUGUGGACAUCGAUCAACAAACGACUAGCGGAGUAAAGUCCGGGUCUGUUUCAAAUAUUUGCGCGACUUGCGGAGUUCAUCGCUCGCAAAGUCGGUUCGGUUGUUUUUUUUGUUGUCGUUUUCGAGGAGCGCGUAGACAGAGUGGCAACAACUCAGCGAAGAAUUGGCACGUAGCAAAGUGAGGAGGUUGGUACAAAAAAAAAAACUGCGGUGUGCGAUUUAUUUUGCAAUCCGGUUGAUUCACUAUUGGAGGGCAGCGCGGAAUUCCCCCUCAAACCGCGCUCGAGUGGGCGAACAAGUGAGCGAGGAGGGGUAAUCGAUCAAGAGUGCGUUGUUUAUGGAGGAAAGUGAGUUGUUUUGAUAACCGGGCAUAAAAGGGGGAAGAGAUUACUCAAGUGGUGCAGAAGAAAAGCAAUUUACUAAUGUGCGAAUUAUCACAUCACUCCCGGUUUCCUUUCCCGGUUGUGGUGCCCUGGUUUAAGCUGCGUCUGUUAAACCGGGAAGUUCGGGUUCUCGAAGAGUGCCGAAGAAAAGAAGCAUAAUUGUAUGAUUGUGCAGUAAUGUAAUUUCGACGCCAGUACGCAAACGGAUUGUCGUUCGUUUUUUUUUUUUUUGUGAGUGUGUACGCUUGUGCGUUUAAGCGCAGAAUGCGCAAUUCAGCAAAAAGCUGUUAGCUGCGCGAAGUUCUCAGAGGCCAGCGUUUUUGGUAAUUGGAGGACAUCGUAACGGUCUGUGCCCAAAGUCAUGAGCAUCAACGAUCCCAACGACUACAGCAACAGCUUCAAAUCUAGUAAAAUGGUGCUGCUCAAGGAUUUGACGGCAAAGCUGAAAGGAUACCUGUUUACUGGUGACUACAUCAAGCAUCCAGUUCUGUACGAGCUCAGCCACAAGUAUGGACUGGCGGACAACCUGCCAGAGAGCCUGCUGCCAAACCGGCUGGAGGAAAUCAAAGAGGCCAUCAGGCGCGAAAUCAGGAAAGAGCUCAAAAUCAAAGAAGGAGCCGAAAAACUGCGGGAAGUGGCCACCGAUCGGCGGUCACUGUCGGACGUAGCGUCCAUAGUCAAAAAGAGCAACAACAAAUUAGCCGAACUCAAGUCGGAACUGCACGAGCUGGAAAGCCAGAUCAUACUAACGCAGGGCAACAGUGUUAGUAGCAGUAAUGGACAAGACAUGAUCCCCUCGCCGGUCACACCAAGCGGUCCGGAACUGACGCCCAACGACAAACUGCUCAUUUCGCUGGAGAAACAGCUCAGCAUAGAGACCAAGGUAAAAAACGGAGCGGAAAACAUGAUCCAAUCCAUCUCGAGCGGGCACCACGGGCGGGACAAGAAACUGCUUGCCGAAGCGCAUCAGAUGCUGGCCGAUUCCAAAGCAAAAAUCGAGUUCCUUCGGUUGCGGAUACUGAAGGUCCGACAGAACAAGCUCAGCACCAAGGUGUCGGAGGAGAACGGCGAAAACAAACCCCGGGAGCUGGAGAACUCGCUGGAGGAUCGAAUCGACGAGUUGCGGCAUCGGUUGCGGAUCGAGGCCGCCGUAGUGGACGGCGCCAAAAAUGUCAUCCGGACGCUGCAGAGCACGAAAACCAUCGACAAAAAGGCACUGCAAGAGGCUCAAACUCGUCUAUCGGAGUCUUCGCGCAAGUUGGACCUGCUUCGGAAAGCACUGGAACUGCGACGGCUGGAGCUACCUCAAGACUCGCAAGCGGCGAUACAGCUGAAAGCCGAACUGCAAAAUGUGCAAGCCUCCAGUCCGGUUCCGGUGCAGUACACCUCGCUGCAUCCGUUCCGUGGUUCGACCCAGGGCAAACCGGCGCACAGUUUAUCGUUCAGCCGGUGUGCUGCCGUAACCGGAAAACUGGAGGUGCGUCUGAUGGGCUGCCAGGAUUUGCUGGAAGACGUGCCCGGUCGAUCGCGGCGUGAUAAAGAUUCCAACUCCAGUCCGGGAGAUUUGAAGAGCUUCGUCAAGGGCGUCACCAGCCGGAGCUCGUCCAAGAGUUAUAGUGUUAAGGAUGAAACAUCGUCGGAGAUUAUGGCUGUUAUUAAGUUAGACAACAUCACGGUAGGUCAGACCUCGUGGAGGCCCUGCUCGCAGCAGGCAUGGGAUCAGCGCUUCUCAAUAGACCUAGAUCGUUCACGGGAGCUAGAAAUCGGCAUCUACUGGAGAGAUUGGCGGUCACUUUGCGCAGUAAAGUUUCUCCGGCUAGAGGAAUUCAUUGACGAUAUUCGGCACGGUAUGGCUUUGCAGCUGGAACCGCAGGGUCUACUUUUUGCCGAAAUUAAAUUCCUUAAUCCGAUGAUAUCGCGCAAGCCAAAGCUUCAGCGCCAGCGCAUGAUUUUCAACAAGCAACAGGUUAAGAACAUCCCUCGCGCCAAACAGAUGAAUAUCAAUGUGGCCACCUGGGGACGUUUGCUGAAACGAAACAACAACACACCAGCGGCUGGAACCGUUGGUGCGCAGCCCAUGAUCACUACACCUUCGACGCCCAGCUCUGCUUCGGUUACGUUCGACCCAGUGGUAGAGAACGAUCCCACUGAAACGCUGGGAGAGUCGGCAGACUUCAACACUGUUGGUCUAGGCGGAGGAAGGCCACUCGGUAUCCAUGGUGUGGCCGUUCUCCCCGAAAGUCCCUCAUCACAUUCGCUACAGAAUCAGAUCACUUCGCCGACAGGAGCGCCGACUGGUUUGCGACCGCUGCAACAGCCGCAAUCAAUCAGCACGCCUCCGAGCUUCCGCCAGAAGAAACCUCCAAUGCCAUCCCCUCCAUCACAACCCAUCACCAGCCCGGUGGCGGCCGCUGCAACAGGGUCUAGUAAAAUCGAUCAAGAGUUGCAGAAUGCCCUGAGCGAGUUCGAUUUCCUGCACCAAGAACAACACGAAAGUCCCAGUGAAAGCUUGCUGACCCAGCAGCAGCAGAGCAGCGAGAUGGCACCACAAUUUGCCAGCCAACUGUCCCGCUCGCAAGAAGCAGACGAUGACUAUGAUGUACCGCCUCCUCCGCUCCCGGAAUCUCCCCCACCCACAUUGCAAAAGAGCCUCUCGGGUGAUUUACUGCGACCGGUUCUAUCGAUGCCGCCGGUCGUACUCAUGGGUGGAGGAGGCGGCGGCGGAGGUGGUAAUCGCGAUAGCUACAUCUCCUACACAACCGGUACACCGAUCAUCGAGGAACCCCCAUCACCAGCUCCGAGAGUGGAUUUUCCAUUCGAAAAGUACGACGCGUACUCUGUUUCGACCGUCGAAGAUGGCGGCUGCAGCAUCGUCGAUGGCGGUGAUGUUACGUACGACGAGAUAAUCGAGAUCGUCCAACCAUUCGAGCAGCUGGGCGUAUCGGGCAACAUUGUACCACUGAAACCACAUCACCACUCGCAGGGUCAACCAACGUCAGCAGCCGCAGCGGCUGCCGCCCUCCAGCUUCAACAACAGCAGCAAUACUAUCAGCAACAGCAACUUCUAUUACAACAACAACAGCAGCAACAACAACAACACCACCAUCAACCCCAUCCUCAGCCGCCACCACCGCUCGAUGUCGCCGGUCCAGCCGUAGUACCGCCGAGUCGACGGCAGGGACCGGCCCGAACGCUCCAGUAUCGCGACAGUGCAUACGAAAGCCGCCGGCAGUCACAGGCGGGGGCCACCGGUAUGCACAUUGACAGCUUCCAGCUGCUCAGCGUGCUCGGUCGGGGCCACUUCGGCAAGGUGAUUUUGGCCCAGUACAAAAAUACCGGCGAGUACUUUGCCAUCAAGGCGCUGAAAAAGGGCGACAUCAUCGCCCGCGACGAGGUGGAAUCGCUGCUGAGCGAGAAGCGCAUCUUCGAGGUGGCCAACACGAUGCGGCACCCGUUCCUGGUGAAUUUGUUUGCGUGCUUUCAGACUGAGCAACAUGUCUGCUUUGUGAUGGAAUACGCAGCCGGGGGUGAUCUGAUGAUGCACAUCCACACGGACGUGUUCUCGGAACCGCGUGCGGUGUUCUAUGCAGCUUGCGUUGUACUUGGACUGCAGUAUCUACAUGAAAGCAAAAUCAUCUAUCGUGAUCUGAAGCUUGAUAAUUUGCUGCUGGAUACGGAAGGUUAUGUAAAGAUUGCCGAUUUUGGUUUGUGCAAGGAAGGUAUGGGCUUCGGUGACCGAACGGGAACCUUCUGCGGUACCCCGGAAUUUCUGGCCCCAGAGGUACUGACCGAGACGUCGUAUACGCGAGCCGUCGAUUGGUGGGGAUUGGGUGUGCUGAUAUUUGAAAUGCUUGUGGGAGAAUCGCCAUUCCCUGGAGACGACGAGGAGGAAGUCUUCGACUCGAUCGUAAACGAUGAAGUUCGGUAUCCGAGGUUCCUUUCGCUGGAAGCGAUAGCCAUCAUGAGAAGGCUACUGCGUAAAAAUCCAGAAAGGCGACUGGGUUCCUCUGAGAGGGACGCCGAAGAUGUCAAGCGACAAGCAUUCUUCAGAAAUAUCGUCUGGGACGAUCUACUGCUCAGGAAAGUGAAACCUCCGUUUGUGCCAACAAUUCGCUCCCCAGAGGACGUGUCGAACUUCGACGAGGAGUUCACGUCGGAGAAACCGCAGCUGACGCCGCCGAAGGAUCCACGCGUCCUGACCGAGAAUGAACAGACUUACUUCAAGGACUUCACCUACACGGCGGACUGGUGUUGACAGUGAAUGUGAGUGUCUCUCUUCGGAACUAGCAUCCGCGCAUUAGCUGCUGCCAAUGGACGCGCCCCCUCCACCACCCGGAGCAGCAAAUCAGCCAAACCUUUUUCCUUACCUUAUUCGACUAAGAACGUGCAGGCAAACAUGCUACAAGCCAGUCGCGUGUUAUCAUCCAAUUGUUAAUGCCUAGUGUUAAUCAAGCAAUGCGCAGCGACGAAAAUAUCCAAAACAACCACGAGAAGUGCUGUUGGAAAUCGUAAAGUCUUCCGAAAAUAGGCGCGUAACGUAAUAAAAGGAUCAAGAUAAAAGCAUGUCAGGAAUAUCCAGCAAAAAUUCAUGAUAGUUAAAGUACCUUCAUGUGCGUGUUUAUCCAUUGUUUUUGAUACGACUUUAAGCUUAACCGUUAUCGCUAAAAGCAAAGCAAAUGCAAAAAAAAAUCACUCAAAGCAAGGCGGACGCAAGCAGACGCGUGAAAUCGAUAGCUAAAAUCGGUGAGGUGCCUUUUCAAUCGCUGUUGAAUUGUUCUGUAGUUAUGCGAGAUUUACAGGAAGGGUUAGAAAUCGUUUGUAGAAAGACCGCAGUUAGAGCGUCAAGAUUAUUAAGUUUAGUUGGUAGAUGAAUCCUUAUUUUUUUUUCUUCUAUGCUCUAGUGUGUAUGAUUUUUUCUGUAUUAUAGUAGAAUUAUGGACCUAAACUGAAUACAUAUACAAACACGUUUAUCAUUGGUUGAUUUUCCCCGCAGGAAUUAAAAUACGGAUAGACGGCUCUACCAGAGCCACGCGAGGAAAGAAAUUUGUCUAAUCUAUUCCUAUUUAUGAAAGUUUGCUUUUUGUUUUCCAGUGUGCCUCUAGUUUGGCGGCAUUUAAGGAAUGAAAGGCGACUUUAUUUGUUCUAUUAUCAGUUUCUUUUUUAUGUCAAGUCACACUUAAACGCACCGCGUAGGAAUUGCUAUUCUAUAAGUGAAGCUAAAAGGCAUCGUAGUUCAAGCACGUAAAUAUUACUACUAUUCACAUACAUAGCUUAUAGGCAAAAGUGAACUCAGUUGCUGCUGAAGUGAGAGCAUUGUUAAUUUGUAAUGAGAAAAGUUUUACGCACGCAAACCCACUUGCACCUACAGGAACGUGAUUUUAAAAUCAUUUAUCCAGAGAAAAUAACCUACAUUUAAAGUCUAAAAAACAGAAAAUCAUAAAACGGGAAUGUUGGGAGAACAAAAGAAUGUGCAAGCUGGAUCUAGGCGUGAGCGAGUAUGGAAAUGUACUAAUAGUUGUUUAUUGAUAAAAAAAAACAAUUUAUGCAUUUUUUGAGAAUAACAGAUACACCAGAAUUUUGAAAAGUUAGACAAA